AACACAUUCUGAGCUAUGUUUGCUUUAAAAUAAUUUUAGUUUGAAUAUUUAACAAGUUAAGCAGACACAUUUAUUCGCCAUGCUUGGUCGCGGAAUAUUUCUGUUGGUGUUUCUACUACUUCCCGCAUCUCAAACAUGUCAUGUGCUAUGCCAAAAUGGCUACGAACUAGAUUCCACUACCAAUCGAUGCAUUCCAGUUUGCAGCACACCCUGCUGUAACGGCAUCUGCACGGCUCCAGACAAAUGCGAAUGCCUCGAUGGAUAUGUAAGAGAAAGUGAUUCGAUUUGUUUACCUCACUGCGAAAACGAAUGCCUCAACGGAUACUGCAUUGUUCCUGAGAAAUGUGCUUGCAAGUAUGGAUAUAGUACAACAGAUGGGAAAAUCUGUCAGCCUAUUUGUGAUGGAGGAUGUGUGAAUGGUUUCUGCAGUGCUCCUGGAGAAUGUACCUGCAACGAUGGGUACAGUAAGUUGAAUGCAACCAACUGUAUCAACGUGCCGACUGUUGAAGCUCACAUAAUGACUAAUAAGACCUUGCUGUUUGGUUUAAUCGGAACUUCUGUGCUGCUUCUUAUCGGCGUUGUAAUGUACAUAUUUAGGAAACGAGCUAAUAGCGCAUUUGAAAAGGAAGAGCAAUUUGGAACAUACUUUUCUAUAAAUUAAGAAGCCAUUAUUCAGGCUAAUAAUGCAAAUUCAAAGCAGUUUUUAUUUAUCUACCUUUAAAUAUUUUUUAAAUAAGCUUGAUCUAUUCGCAUUUAUUGUAAUUACGUGAACUGACACCACUGUUGCCUCCGGCUAGAUAUGAAUAAAAUAUGUAAG